AUGAGGUCGAUUAAAUUCACUUUCGUUCUUCUCUCGCUAGUGAUAUUAGUGUCGCUCGUUUCAUCAUACUCUCCUGCACAGUUCACAGGAAUUGCCAUAAGAGCAGAGUCACAGUCCGCCACUGGUGACUCGAACCAGACAGACAAGCCAAGUCAGACGGGCGAUAAUAACAGUGAACCUACGGGGACAGACAAACAGAGCAACAGUCAGAGCAACAAGGACGAAAACACCAGCGAAAAACCUACCCCAACGGACAAGGAUGGAAACCCAAAGACGAGUAACAAGGGAACCAAAACGACCAAAAAGCCCAAAACCACUGUUGACCCCCGUCUCCCGCCAGGUGGUAUUGUCAUGGUCACUCCCGGUCCCUUUGACCCCUCGACCUACGUCAAGAUCGGAGACAAGGCUACGUUCGCGUGGAACUACACCUCUCUCGAAAUUACUCCAUCUGCUGUUGACGUUGUUGCAUACUGCUCGAAGAACGACCAUUACUACACCAUUGCUUCCAACCAGUCGGUUCAGGCAACCGGAUCCGCUGUCUGGGAUACCAACCCUUACAAAACUGCCGGUAUCCGCCUUUUGAUUGAACAUUACACUCUGAUUGUACACGAUGUCAAGCGUGGCCCCACCGAUCCUGCUCCGGCCGGUGAACUUGGAGUCUCCAGGCCUUACAUCUUUGGAGUUUACGAACCCCAUGACGACCCUAAUUCUAAGAAAAAGCGAGCCUUGGGCAGUGCUGCCAUCUCAACCGUCGAUCAUCAAGCGAUGUGGUUUAUGAUGGGAAUGGCUGGAAUCACAUUGCUUCAUUCACCUGGUUUGCAGCGGACUGGGUCUAUUGCCUAA